AUGACGCAAUUAGUAACUCCAAUAGUUACUAUUCCUAUCGAUCAACAAGUUGGUGAAACUGUUCUAAAUUGGAUACCUCGUCCUCAUCAGCUCGAUAAUCCACAAUGUACUAUACUUCAAGGUCAAUAUUGUCGACUUGAAUUAUUAAAUUCAAAAACGAAUGAUACUAUUAUUCAACAACUUUAUGAUGCCUUCAAACCAACAGAGCACACUCAUUUUACUUAUUUACAUUAUGGACCAUUUCAAAUAGUCGAUGAAUUCAAAGAAUUUAUACGUUUCAAAGAAUUACCAAGUUGUGACACUGUUUUCUAUAGUAUUAUAGUUAAUAAUAUUGCCGUUGGAUUUAUUGGUUUUUUAAGAAUAAAUCAAGACCAUGGUAAAAUUGAAAUUGGUCAUGUAAAUUUUAGUCCACAGUUAUUACACAUCCGAUCAGCGACCGAAGCAAAUUAUUUGUUAUUACAAUAUGCAUUUGAUAUAUUAUGUUACAGACGAGUAGAAUGGACAUGUUAUUCUUUGAAUACGAAAUCACGACGACCAGCAUUACGAUUAGGCUAUCAAUAUGAAGGCAUAUCGCUAAAAUCAGAAGUUUGUAAGGGCCGAUCACGAGAUAAUGCAGUCUACAGUAUUGUCGAUAAUGAAUGGAUACUUUCGAAACAAGAAUUUCAACGUUGGUUAAGUCCAGAAAAUUUUGAUAGUCAUGGGCAGCAAUCAACAAAACCGAAUAAUGCCCAAAUCAACCAGCGUAAAAAGGGAAAUACGGAUGUCGUUUAA